GUCUCCCAUUAGGUUCAAGGGUCGUCCUUGAUCUUUUGGCAAACAUUCCACAUCCGACCGAUCACAUCGUAUUUUUCGACAACUUCUUUACGUCAUAUGACCUUCUUAGAAUUUUGAAAGAACAAGGAUUUAAGGCUACUGGGAUUGUUCGUGAAAUGCGGUCCAAAAAAUGUCCUCUGAAAACGAACAAAGAACUACAAAAGAAGCAACGGGGAGAGUUUGAUUUUAUGUGUUCUGACUCAGGAAUACUUUUUGUGAAGUGGAAUGACAAUAGCGUUGUGACAGUGGGAACAAACUUUGAUAGAACUGAACCUUUACAUACCGUCAAACGAUGGUCAAGACAAGAGAGGCGCAAGGUGAAUGCCCAUCAGCCGAAGUUGAUAGCGGAAUACAACUCAGGAAUGGGAGGAGUUGACCUCCACGACCAAGCUUUGAAUACUUACUAUAUAAAGUUUAGAGGAAAUAAAUGGUGGUGGCCUCUUUUCAUCACAAUGAUAAGCUCGUGCGUAGUAAACGCAUGGAAGCUUUAUAAAAUGGCAAGUAAGAGUCAAUGCGACUUGUUGCAAUACCAACGUGAAAUUGUGCGAUUUUAUUUACGCAAUUAUAAUAUCCGGGACAUAUCUUCAAAAUGAUCGACAACGGCAUCAAUAGCUGGUUCCUCAUAUAACCAUUUUCCCAAAAGGAUAUCGAAUCAGCUGAGGUGCAGGGAGUGUCACCAAAGAAUUCGAUGGAUUUGCGAGUUAUGCAAUGUAGCCCUUUGCGUGGAGAGAGAAUGUUUCAAAAACUUCCAUACUGUUAACCGAACUAAUAACCAAG